AUGCCUCCGCCGGCGUCUUCCCUCCUCCCCCUUCUCUUCCUCUUAUUCCUCCAUCCUCACCCACAAUGCGAGGCUGCAGACUCCCUCGCACACUACUGCAGCACCGACAGGAGCACCACCCGACUCGCUGCCUCGAACAUAGCCCGAGUGUUACUCACUCUCCUGUCGAAGACCCCCUCCAAUGGCUUCUACGCCACCUCUUCUGGUAGCGGAAACACCAACAAGGCGUACGGCCUCGCCCAGUGUCGACAGGACGUGAGAGCAGCCGACUGCAAAGCGUGCCUCAAGGACGCGGCGGCGCAGUUGCCAAAGCUCUGCCCUGGUCAGGCCGACGCCAGGGUGUGGUUCGACUACUGCUUCCUGCGCUACGACACCAGACCUUUCACGGGCCAGCUCGACACCGGCUAUGGCGUCUUCUACAUUAGCAUGACGAACAUUUCGGAGAACGCAGCGGAGCAGCGCAGGUUCGACCGGGAGCUAGGGUCGCUGAUGAGCAAGGUACGCGGGCGGGCAGCGGCGCGGGGCAGCCUGGGGCUGGCGAAGCUGCAGACCAAGUUCACACCCUUCGUCACCAUCUACGCGCUAGCGCAGUGCACGAGGGACCUGUCGCCGCUGGACUGCUCCCAGUGCGUCUCCACAGCGGUGGCCAACUUCCCCGGCUUUUGCCCGCACAGGAACGGAUGCCGAGCGCUCUACAGCAGCUGCUACGUGCGCUACGAGAUCUAUCCUUUCUUCUUCCCCCUUGCCGCCGGCUCCUCCAAGGCGGCGCUGGCGGCGUCCCUCUCCAUCCCGGUGGUUGUCUCCCCGUAG